AUGGAUGAGUGGGAUGUCCCACAGUGGAAGAAGGAGGUGGAAAGCCUCAAGUACCAGCUGGCCUACAAGAGGGAGAUGUCCUCCAAAACAAUACCUGAGUUUGUGAAGUGGAUUGAGGAUGGCAUCCCAGAAGAUCCCUUCCUCAACCCGGAGCUGAUGAAAAACAACCCCUGGGUGGAAAAAGGCAAAUGCAGCAUCCUCUGA